AUGCCUCAAGCAAACCAGUUCAAUCGCAUGACCACAAAGUCACUGCCAAGCAUUGAAGCAAGACAGGAGCCAAUAACAACACGCAAACCCGACGUGAGCGAAAGUUCAAAAAUAUUUUUAAAUUCAACAUUAAGUCUUCCUUGCGGAAUUUUAGUUCAGAACACGUUUGGAUUUUGUCGUGAAGUCAGUGAUGGAAUAAAAUUGAAACAACUCACAUCAUUUCUUCUGUGGAUUAAUUUGUUUGAAAGAAAGUUUAAUCUUCUCAAUUAG